AUGCCUGUAAUUUUAAAAAAUCACACUUGGGAACAAACCCCAGAGCAGGUAACGAUCCGCGUGCCUUUUCCGGAUAAUCGACUGUGCCGGGACGAAGUGUUCACCAGUGUUCAAUUGCUGAAAAUAAACAAGCCACCGUAUUAUUGGGAGGUGCUUUUGAAAUAUCCCGUCCAGGACGAAAACAGUCGAUGUUUACUGCUGGAAAACGAAGUAAUAUUUAUACUGCAAAAGGUAGAAUGUGGACAGGAGUGGGAUCACCUGGAAUUAGACUGUACCAAAGCUGAUCGAAUCCGAAUGAAAGAAGAGCUGCUUGCAGCUCACCAAAAACGCUUGGAGGAAAAAUCGAAGCAGCGGGCGAUUGAAAAGGAUCAGAAGAAGAAGGAUGAGAUUUCCAAACAGAUUGAAAGAGACAGUAAAGACCGAACGGAUGGUGAAAAGCUACUGGAAGAAAGCAAAAGACGUGAAAUGGAACGAAUGGAGCGAGCGAAGGUAAAACCACCCUCGAAGCACCCGGACACCCCGCAUCCGAAAGUGCUUAAAAAUCCUUCUGUCGUGAUACCGUCGGUUCGAGCGAGCGGCGUAGUGCAGGUAACAUUCACCAAGCGCAACUUUGUUACGCCGAAGCGAGAAUCGAUGGAACCGGACGAGCAGGAGUGGAUACGGAAACAAUCGGCGGCCCGAAAGGCGGUGGGUUUCGUUGACGAUUGUGACCUUCGACCGGAGGAACGUAAUCCGGAAUGGUUGAAGCAGAAGGGUGAUUCGUUUUUCCAGCAGAAGAACUAUCUGGCGGCAAUCUCCGCCUAUUCGGCCGGGAUUCGGCUGACCAAGGAGUACUACUCGCUGUACCUGAACCGAUCCGCGGCGCAUUUUGCACUGGAGAAUUAUCAAAGAUGCGCAGAGGACUGUUCAACGGCACUGGACCUGCUGCAGCCACCGAUCGAGGCGAAUCGACCAGCUCGCGUUGCAUCCCUCGCCCGUAGAGGUGCUGCCCUGGCGAAGCUAGGGUUCCUUCGUCAGGGUUACGAAGAGCUGGUGGCAGCCGCAAAGCUAGACCCCGAAAACGACGGGCUUCGGCGGGAAGUGAUAAUGCUGCAACAGAUGCUAGAACAAGAAGAUUCUGACUAA